AUGCCAAUAAAUCUACUCUCGAAAGAAAUUAUACAAGAAGUUACUAGAGAUUUGUCAAUAAAUAAUUUAUUUUCAUAUUUAUUGCUUUUAAAGAGCAAUGGUAUACCCGCACCUCUUAGAUAUCCUCCAGCCUUUGAUUAUCCUGCAAAAUUAGAAUUAGUUGUGGCUACAGAAGAGACAAAUUCAAUAUUGGCUCAUUCUAAUGCAUUUUUACAAAAAAUUAUAAAUGCAUCAUGUACUAGUAUUAAGCAAAUAUAUGUUUACAUUGGUGACAAAGAUCAAAUUUGUGGUAAACUUCUUGCACAAAUAAUUAUGACUCAACGAGCAUUAGAAUAUGCAGAAAUUCACACAUACAACCAAAUCCUUAACCCUAUAAUUCAAGCACUGAAAUCGUUAGAAUCACUUGAAUUUCAAAGUUGUAUGUUAAAUAUUGAAAAUUUUCAGGAAAACUGUUUUAGUAUGCAAAAACUUCAACAAUUUACUUACAUUAAUUACGAAUUGAUUGACGGAAGAGUAUUUAAUUUUUUGGUCAAAUUAUUAAAAUCCACUACUAGUUUAAAAUAUCUCAACUUAUUCUAUUGGCAACAAUCUAUACCACUAGAUGAUGACCUGGUUAGCGAAAUAAUCAAUUUUUGUUCACAACUUAAAUAUUUAGGAUUACCAGUAUUGGGAAUAACUGACAUUAUGAAGAUCACAAAAUCAUGUCAUAGGUUAAAGUACCUUUAUAUUAGAACAAAAAUAUUGUUAGAUAACUUCACAUUUUUACAACUAGCCAGAAGUUUACCUUCAGAUUUGCAAGAUUUAAUUAUUGAUAACUCUAAUUAUCAGUUUGAUGUAUUAGAAUUGGAUCAAAUAGCAUUUGAUAUACGGAU